AUGUCGCUGAGUGAUGUUCCCAGGCCUAGCUCGACGAAGGGUUCACGAUUGCGUGCGCCGAGGCCGUCGGUUGGGAUGUUCUCUCCAUUAGGUGCAUCAAGCAGCAUGUGGGCUGGGGAUGCGAGCAGUGGGCUGCGGUCACACCCGCCGUUGCCGCCGAACCCAAAUGCGGAUGAUGUGACGAGCGGCACACUUUUUGGUCAGCAGGAGUCCACCGCAGGCAACCCUAUGCGGCUGUCGCUGACGGUUCUGGGGAUGAGUCCGCUUCACGCUGACUCUUCCGUUGUGCGUCCUUUCGUGCGGGUAUGGCUGGUUAACGGACUCACAGGAGAGAGCUUACUUCACUCCAUGACAGGACGAUCAUCUUUUGCGUUGACGCACCCUGUUGAUCUUCGGUUGCGCCGCACUCGGGCACCGUGGUGGGGUGCAGAGCUCCUCUUAGCUGUUCCAUCGCAGAGCAUUUGCGACGCGUCGUCCAACGCUGUACUAUUGUUAGAGGUGCUGGAAGGGGGUGGAGAGACUAUUCAAGGGUUACCGUUUCGGCGCGAGGGUCUAUACCCAGUGUGCUGGGGAUUCUUGAAACUCCGUGACUCUCAUGGACGAUUAAAUUUUCGGAACCGCCUGCACAUUCAAAUGUUUCCAUUCCCACAUCGCACUUCGUGUUUUACAAGGCUUCUGCAGUUGGUACCGUCAUUCUUGUUACCAUACUCCUCCCUUUACGCUUGGGGUAAUGUGGGGUGCCAGACACACAUAUCCACACCGGAACCGGGGAAUUUCCAGUCCAAUGCCUCGCCAAAGACAGAAGGAAUUGUGCCUAUUUCUUCUCUGCCGCCGGAACUGUUCUUUGUAUACAGGGACCCGCGUAAUCGAAAGGUGCCGUACUCUGCUGGGAUGGUUAUCUCCCUGAAGAGGGUUCUUGAUGUUGAUGCCUACCACCCCAAGGAGGCAACUGUACUGCCGUCCGAAGAAUAUCUGCUGAAUCAGAUGUUUCUUGGCGAUGAACCACGACCCAGACGUUCUAUCAGUGCCCCGAUGUGGCUUUCCGGAACGCGACAAACUAGAUACACAUCGCUCAAUUUCGCGAAUACGGCGGCUCUCGCAAAGUCGUACAUCCGCGAGGUGGAUGAGCGCGUCGUACCACCGACAAAUGUUCUACAGUGGACGCGGCUUCAGGGUAAGAUUACAUGUGUAGCCUUUUCAUACGAUGGCACAUUUUUGGCUUUUGGAGUGACAAGUGGUUUUGAUCAUUUAGUGCAGCUGCGUAGUGCCCUAGUGCCGGAAAUGCCUGUCGUAGGUGUAUUUCGAGGGCAUGUUGGACACAUUCACCGCGUGGUGUUUCACAAGGACAACGUCUUAUUUUUGUCCUGCUCCUCUGACAAAACUGUAAAAGUCUGGCGGCGGGACUGCUCUGGUCCCCUCAUGGAUACUUAUAGUGACUUGCAUACGGGCUGCAUCUGCACCCUUCCCCAUGGCUUCGCUGUGUAUGAUGCUACUUUCCACCAGGAUCACAUCAUAACAUGUGGUUACGAUCAACGGUUAUUUGUGUGGCGCUUUGACAAGAACGUUGAAGAGACACAUACAGAGUUGAAUUCAGGGGAUACGCCGCUUCAGAAUUCUCGAGAUCGUCGCAGUACACUUCAGAGUUCUUCCGCAGCGACGAUGAUUCCACCCUUUUCAUUUGGAGUGGAAUCUGUUACCGGUGAGCUUGUUCACAUGACAUCGGGCGAUGAGGAGGCCAUCAUUCACUCCAUCUGUGCCUCUGAGCUCAAUCGUCUAUGGUCGGUGGAUGCUCUGGGGAAUGUUGUGGUGUGGCGUGCUAUGUACGAGUGUAUGAAGGACGGCAAACGCGUAUGGCAAAUGUCAAUACGACACCGAUUUAAGUGCCCAGGAGCUACAAGGGUGGAAUUGUAUGGUAGUAGAGCGUUGGUGACGUGCGCGAAGUCGCCUGUUGCCUAUGUGUUUGAUGCCUCAACAAACCAACUGAUGCAUGAAAUUGCUUUGCACCAGCGGCCGUACAUUCCUGCAGUGACGCUUCUUCCAGACGGUGAAGCCAUCGUAGCAGGCACCCAUGACGGCAAGCUGUUGAGCUGGGAGUGCAGCUCUGGCACGCUCUGCACACCCAAGAGCGGUUACGCAAAGGUACAGGUGAAUUUUCCUAUUGGCUCAAUUGUGUGGUGCAGAGAUGAACAGCUCUGUGUGCUCCUCAGCACAGAAGGCAGCGCCGUUACGCACGCCACUGACAGUUCGGCUUCGCGCGCAACAAUGGCCGCUGUCAUUGGGACGCCAAGGACGGAAGAGAGCGUCAUUGUUCGCGGCAACUCCCGUGCACCGGAUUACUUCCGUGCCCGCUUUGGUGGCGAGCUCAUGGCUCGACGAUCAAACCGCAACCCCUCGUGGGGUGAAGUGGCAUCUUUCCGCCCCAACGCCGAUAGCGGCAAGCCGUCUCGCGCUCCUACUCUUGCCUCACACAAUAGUUUUUCUCGAGAUAAAAGUACUCGCAUGGGUCAGAUCAUUGCUAUGUGGAAGGGCCUUGUGGGACACCAUCACCACAAGCACACGGGUGACGCGGAGAAUUUGCUGCGUGACCCAACAGCAGUGUACAUUCAGGACGACAGGUGA